AUGCCAGAAUAUAAACCACCAUCCGAUCCUCCGCCCGCAAGCAAAGGCGCUGCAGCAGAGUAUUACAAUUCGGGGACUACUACAUAUAACGCACAGCCUCAAGGUUACGUUGAGCAGACCACGCAGGAAAGAGGCAUGUUUUCCGGAGGUCAGCCGUACUAUCAGCAGCAACACACGUAUUAUCAGCAGCAACAGCAGCAACCGAUGUAUGGCCAGCAGCAACCAUACUACCAACAGCAGCCAUACUACCAGCAGCAACCAUAUUAUCAACAACAGCCGAUGUAUGCUCAGCAGCAAACCUAUAGUAGUGGUGGGGGCGACUGUCUGAUGGCAUGCUUGGCUGCAAUGUGCGUGUGCUGUACAUUGGAUGCAUUAUUCUAA